AUGAAGCUAAUCACAGAUGAAGAAAAACGGGCCCACAACAGAUCCGUGCUGCACGGUGGACUCAAGGGCUUGGCGCUCGGAACGUGUCUCUCCAUCGGCAUCUACGCCAUGGCGCCCCGCCACUACCCACGGAUCUUCAGCCUGCCCUGGUCCAUCCGGACAGCCAUCUUCGUCAUCCCGCCAGCGUUCGCUGCGUCGGUGAAUGGCGAGUUGUGCUCCAACGAGUUCGACUACGACAUGUACUCGUCCGAGGCGUCGCAGAGACGCCUCUUGGCAGAGCACCGCCGCUGGGAGGGCCUCACCACCUCCGAGAAGAUCGUCGAGAGCGUCUCCUCCAGAAAGUACCUGAUCAUCACCGGCUUGUGGGCCGCGUCCAUGUGGGGCUCGUGGCACUACGUCAACAAGGACCCGCUUCUCACCAAAACACAGAAAUUCGUCACCGCCAGAAUGUACGCCCAGUUCUUGACCGUCGGCCUGCUCUUGGGUUCCAUCGGCCUCAGCAUGUGGGAGGAAAACAUCAACAAGAACAAGAAGAAGAUCGAGUUCAACCCCGACGACGAGGCCCUUGAGGAGGUCUUGUCCCAGAAGUCCUGA